AUGCCACUGCAGCUGCUGCUGCUGCUGCCUGUGCUAUGGGGAGUGCCCACAGCUCAGGAUCAGAGGUACCGGCUGGAACUACAGGAGUCCGUGACAGUGCAGGAGGGCCUGUGUGUCCUCGUGCCCUGCAAAUUUUCCUAUCCCAGGACCACCUUUGUAAUCCUCCACGUGUUCUGGUUCCGGAAAGGGGCGGAUAGAAACCGUGAUAAUCCAGUGGCCACAAACAAAAGAGAACAGAAGCUGCAUGAGAGCACCCAGGGCAGGUUCUUCCUCCUCGGAGACCCCCAGGCCCACAACUGCUCCCUGAGCAUCAGAGAUGUCAACAUGGGGGACAGUGGGACUUACUUCUUUCACAUGGAGGAUGCCUUGAGGAAACACUCAUAUCUAGAUAAGACGCUCUCUCUGCAUGUGACAGGUAUGGUGGGGGCCCAGGUAAAGGCCCCAAAGUGUGGGGCACUGGAAAUAGAAAAAUGA